AUGUUCUUCACUGCAUCUAUGACAUCCAUCAUUUGGUUCAAUCUUCUGCUUUGCAUCGCUUCUGGUAAAAAUGAAACUUUCUCUCCAACUAAUCUCGAAAUCGGUGAUGAAGGUUCUGGCAUUUCUGGCAUCUCAGACAGCUUUAAUAUCCUCGAUUACACCAAUUUUGAGCCAGAAUUUCCGUCUGAUUCUUCGCAAUUGAUUGAUUUCGUUCUGUUAAGUGAAAUUGAGGAGACUGAUCUGUUAAGAAAUGCUCCUUAUCCUGGCUUCUCCAAUAGCUAUGAUUUCAUCGGCCACACUAAUUUGGAAGCAUCACUUGACACAGAUAUGGAUUCAUAUAGGAAUGUGCAGGAAGAUGUUAAUGGAAAAUUAAAAACGAAUAAUAAUGAAGUGAGAUAUCCUCCCAUUACAGAUACUCAAAGUGAAACUUUUUUGUCACUUAAUCUCGACACCGAUGACAUUUAUCACAUAUAUACACUUACCUGGGGGAAUACCGAUGAAGGAUCAGAAACAGAUAAAAAAAAUUAUACUUGCCAUUAUCGCGGAUGUACUGUACUUGCGAAAAAUUACAAAGAAUAUCUAACACAUAAGAAAACACAUGGUCAAACUUUCAUUUAUGAAUGCAAAGUGUCUGGUUGUGGGCGAACAUUCGACUAUAAAUCAACAUUUUACAAUCACAAGCAAACACAUAAAUCUCAUCCUCAGUGUGAAUGCUGUGGCAAAUUCUUUACCAGCAAAGAUGGAUUGACAAAACACAAGAAAUGCUGCCAAAAAAAAUCUCAUGGACGAAGCUACGAAUGUUUUUAUCCUGGCUGUGCUUUGAGCACAAAAACUUACAACGAAUAUAUAGCACAUAAGAAAACACACGGUGAACCCUUCAUCUAUGAGUGCAAAGUACCCGGUUGUGGACGAACAUUCAACCAUAAAGCAUCAUUCAGCUAUCAUAAACAAACUCAUAAAUCUCAUCCUCAGUGCAAGUACUGUAGCAAAAUCUUCACUAACAGAAAUGGACUGCGAGUGCACAUGAGGCGCAAAACAAAAUCUCGUUAG